AGAAAUGGAGAUUCUUUACAACUCCACUGCACUUCUCUUUGCAUUUAUACUUUCAACGUUUCUAUACAAAUUCCUAGAUUGGGUAUGGGUGAAGCCAAGGAGGAUACAAAGGGUGCUUAGGCACCAAGGUUUUUCCGGCAAUUCUUACAAGCCAUUGAUCGGAGAUUUGGUAGAAAUCGGAGUUUGCACCUUAAAAGCAAACCGCGCCGGCCCUUUGGACAAUCUUUCCGACGACAUCUCCACUCGCAUUCUCCCAUUUCUUCAUGAUGCUAUCCAACGCUAUGGCAAGAGACCUAUUAUGUGGUUUGGAACAACACCCGCCGUGAUCAUCUUAGAGCCGGAAUUGAUUAAGGAAAUGCUCGCAAAUUACACCACUUUCCACAAGCCAAAUCAGACGGCAAUGUUGGAGGUGGCAAAAGGACUAUUUGCCUGUGAAGCAGACAGAUGGCCGAUGAACAGAAGAAUUAUCAACCCAGCUUUCCACAUGGAGAAGUUGAAGGUUAUGGUACCUGCAUUCUGUGAAAGCAUUGGUGAGCUGUUGGAUAAAUGGGACAACAUCGUAAAACCAGAGGGGUCGGAGGUCAACGUUUGGCCAUAUGUUAACAUCUUCACAAGCGAUGCGAUUGCACGGACGGCUUUUGGCAGCAACUUUGAAGAAGGAAGAAACAUAUUCAGCAAUCUUGCAGAGCUCGCUAUGCUCAUCCAUGAGCUUGGACCAUUCGCCUUCAUCCCACAAUAUUGGGUUUUGCCAACUAGGAUGAAAAUGAAGAUACAAAGAAAGAGGAGGCAAGUGAGAGGGUUAGUACGAGAAGUUGUGUUGAAGAGAAUGGAGGAGGUGAGAGCAGGCAAGGCUGCAGCAAGCGCAACAGAUCUACUAGGAAUAUUGUUAGAAUCAAACCUCGAAGAAACCAAAAAUGGAAACAUGAAGAAGGGGUUGAGUAUCGAAGAAGUAAUAGAAGAGUGCAAAUUGUUCUACCUUGGGGGCCAAGAAACCAUUACCAACUUUAUUACAUGGAGCUUAAUUUUCUUGGGUAAACACUUGGAGUGGCAACAACGACUUAGGGAUGAAAUCAUACAAGUCCUUGGGGUGGCCAAUAUCCAAUCUCUUGACUUUUCCAAGUUGAAUCAACUCAAAAUUAUGAACAUGGUACUCAACGAGGUUCUGAGGCUGUAUCCACUUGCUCCAGCACUGCACCGCGAGACUCGCGAAGACACAAAACUAGGAAACAUCAUGUUACCCGCAGGAGUGAACAUUCUGGUGCCAUUACCUUCAUUGCACCGCAACAAGGAUCUGUGGGGUGACGAUGCACUAGAGUUCAAACCAGAGAGGUUCAAAGAUGGGAUUGCAAAGGCAUCCAAAACCUUAGGUGUCUAUUACCCAUUCAGUGGCGGACCGCGAACGUGUAUUGGUCAAAACUACGCAUUGGUUGAAACCAAGGUUGCAUUGGCAGCAAUCUUACAACGUUUCAGCUUUCAGCUUUCUCCAUCUUAUAAGCAUGAUCCUAAGUUGAUUUUAACUCUUCAGCCUGGUUCAAAUGAGGCCAAUUUGAUAUUACGCAAGCUAUAAGUUGUUUGUUUUACAUGUGGUUGGUGUGACUAUGUUAGCUUCGAUUUACUAGAAAACUCGUGGCUGCUACUCGAAGUUGUGCUUGUUGUGCUUGGGUGAAAUUCGUAGCUAUGUUUACUAUUUGUCAUAAAAGUGAUGGAGAUUAAGUUUUAAUAUGAACACAAGGACUGUAAAAGUUUGCUAUAUCAUCUGUUGAAUAAAAUAUUUGUGAUGUAAUGUUUUUCAAAUAUGUAAUUUCAACAAUUUUAAGGUAU